CCUCCCUUUGCUGGCAGGGCUGGAGAGAGAGAGAGAGAGGAGACACGGGGCUUCCACCAUGAGGCAACCAGCUUUCGCCCUUCUGCUGUGCUUCCCCACAGCUGCCACGUUGAGCCUGCUGCGCUGGUGCACAGUCUCUGACCAAGAGUUGGCCAAGUGUAGUGACAUGAGCAAGGCCUUCUCCAGGGCAAACCUCUUCCCUGAAAUGGCCUGCGUCAAUGGUGGCUCCGUAAUCAACUGCACCUCUAUGAUUACUAGGAAUUUGGCUGACGCAGCCACCGUGGACGGGGGCAUCCUUUACCAGGCUGGGAAGGAACACGGUCUGAAACCAGUCGUGGCUGAGGCCUAUGGUCAAGAUGUUGGUACUUCCUACUACGCAGUGGCUGUGGUGAAGGCCAGUUCCAACCUGACCAUCAACCAGCUGAGAGGGGCCAAGACUUGUCAUACAGGGAUCAACAGAACAGCUGGCUGGAACAUCCCGGUGGGCCUCCUCCUUGAUAGUGGCCGAAUGCCCAUGAUGGGUUGCAGUGUCACCAAAGCCGUCAGUGACUAUUUCAAGGCCAGCUGUGUCCCUGGAGCAACUGCCGUUGGGGACCCUGCAUCCCUCUGCGAACUCUGCAAAGGAGACUCUGCCGGGCAGAGCAAGUGUGAGCUGAGCCCCAAGGAGGAAUAUUAUGACUACCUGGGUGCCUUCAGGUGCCUGGCGGAUGGGUCAGGAGAGGUUGCCUUUGUCAAGCACACCACAGUGAUCGAAGCCAAGGAUGGCCAAGCUCAGCCUUCCUGGACCUUGGAGGACUUCCAGCUGCUCUGCCGGGACGGGAGCCAGGCAGCAGUCAGCGCGUGGCGGACCUGUCACCUGGCACGGGUCCCCGCUCAUGCCGUGAUCACCCGGCAGGAUGUGGAAGGCAGCCUCAUCUUUGACAUGCUAGAUCAAGGACAGCAAAGGUAUAAUGGUGGAAACUCCAGCUUCCAGAUGUUUCACUCAACAGCCUAUGGAGGGAAAAAUCUUCUCUUUAAAGACUCUACUGCAAAGCUGAUUCCCAUUAUGGAACAGACCUACCAGGCCUGGUUGGGAGAUGAAUAUCUGCAUGCCAUGCGAGGCUUGGAUUGCGAUCCUAAAAGGUUGCCAGAAUUCCUACGCUGGUGCGUCUUGUCCACCGAGGAAAUCUGGAAAUGCAGCAAGAUGGCCACCGCCUUUAAGAGCCAGAAUCUGAAGCCAGAAAUCCAGUGUGUUUCAGCCCAGAGUCCAGAGCAAUGCAUGGAACGCAUUCAGAAAAGGGACAUUGAUGCUGUGGUUCUGUCUGGAAAGGAUGUUUACGUAGCCGGGAAGGCGUAUGGCCUGGUGCCUGCUGCUGCAGAACACUAUGCAGACGGAGAUACCGUGAGCACCUACUAUGCGGUGGCAGUGGUGAAGCGAGCAACGUCUGAUGUCUUCACCAUCCAUGAUCUACAGCAGAAAAGGUCCUGCCACACCGGCUAUGGGCGGAUGGCCGGCUGGAACAUACCCAUCGGCCUGCUGCUGCGAAAGGGCUUCAUUCAGCCCCAGGAAUGCAACCUUCUCAAAGCGGUGAGUGGCUUCUUCUCCGCCAGCUGCAUUCCAACAGCCGAGCAGGAGUGCUACCCGGCCAACCUGUGUGAACUCUGCAUUGGUGACAGCCAGGGGAAUUUCAGGUGCAACGCCAGCAGCCAGGAGACCUAUUAUGGCUACACAGGAGCCUUCAGAUGCUUAGCAGAGGGUCAUGGUGAUGUGGCUUUUGUCAAGCAUAGUUCGGUCUUUGAAAACACUGAUGGGCACAAUACUGAUACCUGGGCCUCAAAGCUUCGGUCUGGUGAUUUCCAGCUCUUGUGCCCAAAUGGUGCCCGUGCUGAAGUUGACCAGUUUUCUGGCUGUCAUUGGGGCCAAGUGCCUCCUCGUGCCGUUAUGGUCCACCCAGACACCAAUGCCUUGGUUGUGUAUGGACUUCUGGAUAAGGCUCAGGAUUUCUUUGGCGAUGACAACAACCCGAAUGGAUUUAAAAUGUUCAGUUCAUCAGAAUUCCAAAAGCAGGAUUUAAUCUUCAAGGAUUCCACAGUUAAAAUUGUGCCAGUGGGAGAGAGAAGAACAUUUGAGUCCUGGCUGGGGCAGCCGUUCCUGGACUCUUUAGAAGGUCUGCAAUCUCUCCAGUGCUCAGGAGCUGUAACAAAGUCUCUGAAUGUGAUUCUCCUCCUGACAACAAUUCUGACUCUUGCCAUAAUUUCUACUUCAUGAGCAACAUGCAGGUGCAACAAUACAAAAUGCAACCAAAAGAGUUAAAAGUUUAGGCAAUCCUCAUGGACUCAAUCAAUAAUAGCGGAAUAUUCAGUUUUCCUCCCUGGCAUUCUAAACGUGAAUUGAUAAGCCAGAUUUUUAACCAUGAUGUAUUGAGCAAAUCAGUGACCUUCUUCUCAGCACAGAAUGCUUGAGAUAACGGAUCUGGACAUCAUAUAAAAUCAAGAAUACUAAAGCCAGAUUGUGUGUUAGCAGGUGCGAAUCAGAGCCUUCUCUAAGUUGCCUUUUCAUUCCAACCGUCUCUCUUGGGACUCUGGGGUGCUCCUUUUCUGGACUGUGCCGAUACGGUCGUACUCACAUCUACUGGCCUGCUUGGAAAGAUUCAUUACAGCAGGCAACUCGCUUUGCUCUGGAACACAACAAUUGACGUACAUGUCAAAUGACAGGAGAUUCUUGUUAUGGACUAGAAAGCGUGGAAAGUACCAAGACCAAAUAGACAAGCAUGGAUGAUCUUCCUACCAUUUCUGCUUUGGCAACACCUGCGGCACCCCCAAAGACAAAAGGGUGGGAAAUGCUCCCCCCACAGCCGCAGGAUCCAACUUCAACAGGUAAAACAGCCUGAUUGCAAGACUGUCCUCCACCGAGACAUAAGACCCUGUUUUGGAUAUGG